UCCGGUCGGUACUUGGGGACUGGAGGCGGCGGUGGUGCCUGAGGGGGUCUCCUCGCCUCACGUUCCCUUCUCUCCUCCCGGCCUGUCAUGGCGCGGAACUCGCUCUCCUCACGCUUCCGCCGCCUGGACAUCGACCAGUUCGACGAGAACCGCUUCGUGGAGGAACCUGACGGGGCGGACACCGGUGCUGGGGCCGGAGCCUCCGAGGCUGACGGGGGGCCCGGCCCGGAGGUGGAGGCGGCGCUGCGGCAAGGUGAUGUGCUAAGAGCAUUCCAUGUGGCUUUACAGAAUUCGCCCAUCAACACUAAGAACCCAGCAGCAAAGGAACAGGCUCAGGAAGUGGUGAUGAAGGUCCUUACCUCUUUUAAAGGCAGUGAGAUAGAACAGGCGGUAAACUCCUUAGACAGAAAUGGUAUCGAUUUGUUAAUGAAGUACAUUUAUAAAGGAUUUGAAAAGCCAACAGAAAACAGCAGCGCAAUACUACUUCAGUGGCAUGAAAAGGCAUUAGCAGUAGGUGGACUAGGAUCCAUAGUAAGAGUUCUUACUGCACGAAAAACUGUUUAACAAACUCUGUUCACUUGAAUUGAGACACCGAGAACUCUUUUGGAGCCAGGAGGUGGCAUUGGCUAUGCUGAUACUUUGGUCUACCCUUCUAGGAUCCACAAUCUACUGAAAUACUUGGGAGUCUCCUUCCUCUCUUGGAACAAGUACUCUUUAACCAUAGAGGUGGUGGGGGAAGUCCAGUAUAUUAAUGUUUUCUGACUAUCAGAUUCAGGAACUGGGAGGGGGCUACUUGCAAUUUGUGCUGCAAACAGAAGCGGGGGUGAUAUAUAUGCGUGUGCCUGUCUGCAAUCUGGUGGCUUCUCUGGCCAAGUGUGUAUGUGCUUGGGUGAAUAAGUGAGACUUAAUUUAAAUUUAACAAAUGUGUAUGGUGGGGGCAGGGGUGGAUCUGGGGUGUCAAGAGUUGGUUUGGGAGUUGAAGAGGGUUUUCUUAUGCAAGAGGGCUUUUUGUAUAUAUGAUGGGUAAGAAUAGCUGGACUAAAUACAGAGUUUGUUUUUUGUAAAGUGCCUGCUGCUCUAUCUAGAAGUUCUUGGAUGGUUAGAAUAAAUAAUAUUCCAUGAUGGAUUUUGAAUGUCCUUGGGGGCUAGUCCACUGUUCGUUCUCUUCCUCCAUAAAGCUUCACACAUGGAAAUACUUGUUCCAGCCCUGUUUACCUGGUCUCAUGGUGUGUGUGUGUUGCGGGGGGGGGGGGGGCUGAAAUACUAGGCUAGUUCUCACAUUUUUUAACCUGGGUCUCUCACACUUCUCAAUUUGUGAGCAAAAGGGAGAGAAGGAAGGCAGGAGUUCUGUGCUCAAUGCAGACUUUUAUUUUUCAAUGUAUGUCCCUGGUUUCUCUAUUCCUCCAGCCCUUUUCCCUGAAGAGUUCAUAUAACAUUUGCUACAGAAUGUCUGGCCAAGAGUGGAUUUGAAUUUAGAUCUUGCUUUUACUAAAUCAGCUUAAACACUUUUUCCCCAGCCCAAUAGAUGGGGGAUAGUAUUUUUGCAUAUAUACAGUAGCAUACUUGUAGCAAAAAGGUAUUGACUCUUAAACGUUAUAUAACAAGCUAGCUUUAGCCACAUGCUUCUGUACACCUGAGGGAGGGAACUCAGAAGCUCAACCUGAAAUAAAUUGUUAAUCUUGAAAGUUCUAAUGGAUUUCUGUAUAAUCUUCCCUAGGAAACUAUGCUAAAGAUCUCUCAGAUGCUGUUCCCAACCAUUUACAGGAAUACAGAAAGAGCAAGCACCCCCUAGCCACUUACAACAACCUGGGUUAUCUUGGAAACAAUACAAAGCUGAAAUGGCAGAAAGGAGGCGGCUGCUCUUAAACUUAAUAUUGGCAGCCCAGUUCCCCAAUAUCUUUACUUGUUCCUUUUGGUUUUUAAUGGCUAUAAUCUCUCCCCCUAUUUAACCUGCAUCACCGUAUUCAUCCCUCCUUCCUCAGUUCUUAAUCACACUGAAGGGCUCUAAUAGCUUGAAGAGCAAUACUUAAGUCCAACCUUGUUCUCAACUAGUGAGAAAUGCAUGUAGUGUUUAGGUUAAAAUACACAAUUUGGAAGUAACAUGUAAGAAGGUACCAAGGCAGCUUCUAGUUUUAAUCAAAAAUGUAUUGCACCACAAAUUAGCUUUCUACAAGCCAUUACAUAAUACAGUCCCUCUGUACACAAUAUGGGGUAGACAAACCAAGUGUCCAUAAAAAGGC